AAAUGUAAAUCGCCACCGAACGUUUCCGUUUCUAAGGGAGGAAUAGUCGAUCCACAGAUGGUCGUGAGUCUUGGUAAUCUACCAAGUAGUAUAGUCAGUUCGUUGGCGAAUAAUCAAAUAUCGAUCGCGAAUUCGAUGGACGGUUUACAAUCGUCCAUGAGUAUGGCCGGAAGUAAUUCCACGAUAUUGAUUCCGGGCGGUAUGAAUUCCGGUUUAGUGAUGACUAGCACCGCUAGUGGAAACAACAUGGAAGGAAUGGCUGACGAGAGCUUGAUAGGAACAAACAGUUUGAACAAACAACCUUUAAAUACAAAUCUUUUGAAGGUAACCAUGAUGGGCCCUAAUACUCAAGCAAUACAUCAUCCCGGUGCUCCUCACAUGGUUACGCCAAUGCAAAACGAUCCUGGAAUGAUGAACACAAGAGCUGUUGCAAUGCAGCAACAACAACAAGCGCAUAUGGUUGGUCCGGCGAGAGGGCAAAGUCCUCAUCAACAGGUGCAUCAAGUUGGCAUCGUCGAUCCCGGUCAAGGUGGUCCCAGAAUGCAGACUCCUCCUAACAUGGCAAAUAUGCAGACUAUGAGGCAAUUACGUGCGAAUCCGUAUAGCUAUGGUUCUCCAAAUAUGGUUGGACCAGGGGCAGAAGUAACUGUAUGCUCCAAUAAUCCCGUAGGUGUCGUCAAACCGCAGCAGAAGGGCGUUGGAACAAACAUGAGUCCCAUGCAAGCGGCAGCCGCUGCUAGCAGAUUUACUAGUGCUGCUGGUCCGAUCGGUACUACGAAUGUCGUGGGUGGUCAGGAAGGUGGAACGGCAGCACAACAAGCACAGCCACCAGCACCAAGUCCAGCUCAACCUCAAUCAGGAGCACCAACUGGAGGGCAGCCAGGUCCGCAGCAAGCUACGCGAAGGCAAAUGCCUGGUGCUGGUGCUUGGGGCGUAAAAUCGACACCAGAUCCAGAAAAAUGUAAACUCAUACAGAAAGAAUUGCUGCUAAUUCUACAUGCGGAAAAAUGCCGGCGACACGAGAGUCAAACGAACGGCGAGAUGAGACAGUGCACCUUGCCGGACUGUGAAACCAUGACAAAUGUUUUGAAUCACAUGCCGAAUUGUGAAGCUGGUAGAUCUUGUAUGAUGCCUCGUUGUAGCAUAUCUAGGCAAAUUAUCAAUCAUUGGAGACAUUGUAAUCGAAGUGAUUGCCCAGUUUGCUUGCCAAUAAAACAAGCAAAUAAGAAUAGGACUAAUUCUGCGCAAGCGUCCGCAAUUCAACCAAAUAAUCAGCCAAAUACAAGUCCAUCUGAAAUGAGAAGGGCUUAUGAAGCUUUAGGGAUUCAAUGUCCAACAACGACACCGGGAAUCUUGCCCGGUCAAGGCGUUGGAAGAGGCGUCAGAAUGCCAGCUCCCGGCAUGGCGGGUCCUCCAGGAACACUGGGCAACGUUAGAUUAGCGCAACCUCAAACACAGGAUUUUUACGAGAAAAGCAACAAGCGAUGGGCGCCCAUGUGUGUUUCAGCUGCACCGGGACAAUCUGUAGUCGGUGCUGGACAACAAGUAGUCGCUCCGAACGUAUCUCUUCCUUUAAAUUCCGAUCCUAGUACGGUCGGAGUAGCCGGCAAUCAGACGGUACCGACGACCGGACCCACAUCCGCCGCAGCAGCGGCUGCUGCCAAUAUACAGCAAUCUGUUAAUAUGCAAACAUUGUUCGGACUGAACGAGUCUGGACAACCUGGUGUGAUAGGCGGGGAAAAUAGAUUAGCAAAUCUGCAGCUUCCAGGUGGUCUUCAACCCGGACAAGUCACUGCGACGCCGGUGCAAGGAACAAAGGAAUGGCAUUUGUCCGUCACUCCUGAUCUCAGAAACCAUCUCGUUCAUAAAUUGGUUCAAGCGAUAUUCCCGACUCCCGAUCCACAAGCCAUGCUCGAUAAAAGAAUGCACAACUUAGUUGCGUACGCGAGGAAGGUAGAAGGUGACAUGUAUGAAAUGGCUAACUCUCGGUCGGAAUACUAUCAUCUAUUGGCCGAGAAAAUUUACAAGAUUCAAAAGGAACUUGACGAAAAACGACAAAAACGAAAGGAACAGCAACAGCUGCAAGCGCAACAGCAACAACAGCAGCAACAACCAACGCAGCCACCAGGUACAUCUGGUCCUGGAUUAAGGCCAUGUGCACCUCCAAAUGUAGGUACCGUUAUGCCAGGGGCAUCGAAACCUGUUGGAACAGUACCACCUACCUUACGAAGCCACUCACCGAGUAUGGGUCAACUGACAACGAUACCAGCGAUGGCUAUCCAACAGCACAAUAGGAUGCAAUUUCCACAGCAACAGCAGGCGCAACAACAACAGCAGGCCCAACAGCAACAACAGGUGCAAGCUCAGCAACAAAUACAGCAACAACAGCAGCAACAACAAGGCAUCCUGGUCGGCCCUCCCGGUCCUAGCCCAAACGGACAAUCCACAUCCAACACCAAUAUGGUGCCUAAUCCUGGACUGAGUCCGUUUGGACCUCAAAUGUCCCAGGCUAAUCUCACGACCACUACUGCAUCUAACAACGCGACGACUAGUCAAUUCCCGACGUCCAAUGGCACGACUGCCGGUUUACCUAACAGUUCUCCUAUUCAGAACCAGCAUCAAUUUCCCGAUCUCAUGAAAGUCAGACUGGCGCAAGCCCAAGCUCAAGCGGCGCAACAACAGCAACAACAGCAGCAGCAAAGCCAGCAACAACCACAACCGACAAGUGCUCCCAGUCAAGUUGGUACUCCAGCAACAUCGAUUCCGCAAACACCAUCACCGUUUAGUGGUAUGCAGCAACCAAGUGCACAGCAGCCGCAGCAACAGCCGCAACAACAAUCGAAUCAACAAUUUCCAACUCGGCCAUUGUCAGCUAGCACGCCUAAUGACAAUGGUAUUGCAUCAUCGACACCACAGACGAUACCACCGCCUGCGUCAAGCGGACCAAGUCCAACGGGUGGCGUACCCGUGACGACUACAGGUACGACUAACGGACCUCAGUCGACCACGUCCACACCAAACACACCACUUGUACCGUCGUUAAUGACGCCAAAUCAAACGGUCUCUUCCGCAUCGAACCAGACGCCUCCCCAUUCCGGCCCAACACCGUCCCCAGCCGGCCUUGCGAGUCUUGGUAAGGGUAUGACCUCGCAAGAACGAGCAGCACUAAACACUCCACGUAGCACAUCUAUGUCCUCGCAAAUGGCUGCCAUUACAGCAGCGCUGGAUCGUGACAAUUCACCCAGCCCGCCGAUGAAUAAUAACAAAGGUAAACUGGAUUCCAUCAAGGAAGAAAUAAAGAUGGAGAUCAAACAAGAACCACCGGAUGAGCCACAGAAUCACAGAAUGGAUGGUAAAAGUGUAAACAAUGAGAUUAUUAUUAAAACCGAACCGAAGGACGAACCAAUGGAGGAGGGUUCGAAUGAGGCGACCGUGAAGGAAGAGCCUGGCAUUAAAGAGGAGAGCAUGACUCCCGUGUCCAGUCAGGACACGGCUACCUCUGACAUCAAACCUUUGGUGCCGGAACCGAUUCAACCGAGUGGCACAUCUACUGACAAGAAGAAGUGCUUGUUCAAGCCUGAUGAAUUGCGUCAGGCAUUGAUGCCGACGUUGGAAAAGUUAUAUCGACAAGAUCCUGAGAGCAUUCCGUUCCGACAACCGGUAGAUCCCCAAGCAUUAGGUAUACCGGAUUAUCCGACUAUCGUGAAGAAACCGAUGGAUCUAUCGACGAUCAAGAAGAAACUCGACACGGAAAAGUACAGCGAUCCGUGGGAAUACGUCGACGACGUGUGGAUGAUGUUCGAUAAUGCUUGGCUGUAUAAUCGCAAGACUUCUCGAGUUUAUAGAUAUUGCACCAAGCUUUCGGAAGUGUUCGAGCAGGAGAUAGACCCCGUGAUGCAGGCACUGGGUUAUUGUUGCGGCAGAAAGUAUACGUUCAACCCGCAGGUACUCUGUUGCUACGGCAAGCAGCUUUGUACGAUACCUAGGGAUGCAAAGUAUUAUUCGUAUCAAAACAGUGGUCUUCUAAAGGGAAUUGGUCUUCUUUCCGACAGAUACACCUUCUGUCAGAAAUGUUUCAACGACAUUCCUGGUGACACAGUGACGUUGGGAGACGAUCCAACGCAGCCUCAAACUGCCAUCAAGAAGGAACAGUUCCAGGAAAUGAAGAAUGAUCACUUAGAAUUAGAGCCUUUUGUAACCUGUACAGACUGUGGUAGGAGAGUACAUCAAAUUUGUGUGCUCCAUAUGGAAGCAAUCUGGCCGUUAGGAUUUACCUGUGAUAAUUGCUUAAAGAAGAAGGGACAGAAACGCAAAGAGAAUAAGUUCAAUGCCAAACGAUUACCCGUAACGAAACUCGGCACGUAUAUCGAGACGCGCGUAAAUAAUUUCUUGAAGAAGAAGGAAGCGGGCGCCGGUGAGGUCGCGAUCAGAGUGGUCGCAUCCAGCGACAAGGUGGUCGAGGUCAAACCCGGGAUGCGAAGUAGAUUCGUCGAGAACGGCGACAUGCCCGGCGAAUUCCCAUACCGCGCGAAGGCAUUGUUCGCGUUCGAGGAGGUCGACGGCACCGACGUCUGUUUUUUCGGUAUGCACGUGCAGGAGUACGGAAGCGAAUGUACGCCACCUAACACCAGACGAGUUUACAUCGCGUAUCUGGACUCUGUCCACUUCUUCCGGCCUAGACAAUUUCGAACGGCUGUGUAUCACGAGAUUCUUCUCGGAUAUCUCGACUACGCGAAACAGCUUGGAUACACUAUGGCUCACAUUUGGGCUUGUCCACCUUCCGAAGGGGACGAUUAUAUCUUCCACUGCCAUCCCGCAGAACAAAAAAUACCAAAGCCUAAGAGAUUGCAGGAGUGGUACAAGAAAAUGUUGGAUAAGGGAAUGGUCGAAAGAAUCGUGCUCGAUUACAAGGACAUCUUAAAACAAGCCAUGGAAGACAGACUUUCAUCCGCGGCGGACCUACCAUAUUUUGAGGGCGACUUUUGGCCGAAUGUGUUGGAAGAAAGUAUUAAAGAAUUAGAUCAGGAAGAGGAAGAGAAACGAAAACAAGCUGAAGCGGCGGAAGCAGCCGCUGCUGCAGCAAACGCGAUAUUUUCGCUGUCCGAAGACGCAGAAACUCCAGACGGUAAGAAGAAGGGUCAGAAAAAGGCGAAAAAAUCUAACAAAUCUAAAGCGAAUCAAAGGAAAAAUAGCAAGAAAUCGAAUACUCCUCAAACCGGCAAUGAUCUUUCCGCGAAAAUCUUUGCCACUAUGGAAAAGCACAAAGAAGUGUUUUUUGUCAUUAGGUUGCACAGCGCUCAAAGUGCAGCCAGUUUGGCACCUAUCCAAGAUCCCGAUCCUGUUAUCAAUUGUGAUCUAAUGGAUGGUCGUGACGCGUUUCUCACGAUGGCAAGGGAAAGGCAUUACGAAUUUUCAUCGCUUAGAAGAGCAAAGUUUAGUUCCAUGUCUAUGUUGUACGAAUUACAUAAUCAAGGCCAAGACAAGUUUGUUUAUACUUGUAAUAACUGUAAAAGUCAUGUGGAGACUAGAUACCAUUGUACAGUUUGUGACGAUUUCGAUUUAUGUGUGAGUUGUAAAGAUAAAGACGGUCACCCGCAUCCGAUGGAGAAACUUGGCUUUGAUUUGGAUGAUGGCUCUUCGCCGGCCGAUGCCAAACAAACGAAUCCACAGGAGGCGAGGAAAUUAUCGAUACAAAGAUGCAUUCAGUCAUUGGUGCAUGCUUGCCAAUGUAGAGAUGCCAAUUGUCGUCUACCGAGUUGUCAAAAGAUGAAGCGAGUAGUUAUGCACACGAAGAACUGCAAGAGAAAGACAAAUGGUGGUUGUCCUAUAUGUAAACAGUUAAUUGCGUUGUGUUGUUAUCAUGCAAAACACUGCCAAGAGACCAAAUGUCUCGUUCCAUUCUGCUCCAACAUCAAGCACAAAAUAAAGCAGCAACAAUUACAACAACGGUUACAGCAAGCGCAGUUGCUUAGGAGGCGAAUGGCUGUGAUGAAUACGAGGCCCACUGGACCUGUAGCAAUGCAGACCGGACAACAGACUUCAAAUGUUGCCAUGACGACUGGAGUCGCUAUGAAACCUGGUGUUAGCACAUCGAAUUUGCCAACUCCACAUCAACCAGGUAUCGGAUUGAAGCCCGGAACGCAGACUCCUCCCGCUCAUGUUCUACAAGUGGUGAAGCAGGUGCAGGAGGAGGCAGCGAGACAACAAGCACCACAUGUCAACUAUGGUAAGGUAACACCGGGCGGUGGUGUUGGUGUGGGUGUCGGCGUAGGAGGUCAAACUGGUGGGGUAAUGCCGCCACCUCAGAUGCAACGGCCGUUGCCGGUUCAGAUGCCGAAUCCCAGCGGCACGCAUCUCAUCCCGAUGGAUCAAUGGACAGCGAGCAGGUACCAGUCGAAUACAGUGAUGCAACAAAAUCCCAAUUUGGCGCGACAGCAGACACCGCAACAGCUGAUGCAACAACAACAACAACAACAACAGCAUCAGGCUCAACCGGGAAUGGGAAUGGGUGCGCAAAUGGCACGGCAACCGGGCGUGAUCGGGCCGGUCGGACAGGUCGGUCCGCAGGCAAGUACUAUGCAUAAACACGCUCUGCAACAGCUGAUGCAAACUCUCAGGAGUCCGCACACGCCCGACCAGCAGAACCAGAUACUCCAAAUACUUAAGAGCAAUCCACCGUUAAUGGCCGCCUUCAUCAAGCAACGAGCGCUUGUCCAUCAGCAACAACCUGGUCAGCAUGGUGGGGGUGUCGGCGGCCCAUUGGGCCCUAAUCAACCCCAACAACAACCUGGUUUGCAGCAUAUGAUGUCUCAACAGCAGCAGCCGCAGCAGCAGCAGCCGCAGCAGCAGACGCAACAGCAACAACAACAGGGUAGACUACAGAUACAGAUGCUGACUCAGCAGGCGCAACAACAACAGCCAGUACAAGCGCAGUCGCAAUGGUAUAAGCAACAGAUGUUGGUGAUGCAGCAGAGGCAACAGCAGGUGGCUCAACAGCAACAACAGCAGCAGCAGCAACAACAACAGCAGCAGCAGCAACAGCAGCAGCAGCCGUUCACUCAACCUCCGGCGCCACCAUACGGUCAACAGCGACCUAUACGGCCGCUUCUUGGUAAUUACAUGACCCAUCGUAAUUACUUAGGAAACAGUGGGGCUGUAGUACGUAGUGUGUUUUCUCGACACCAAAACUUGCCCAACUUCCUAGGUUACGGCGGUUUCAACGAACAGGGCUACGGUCAGCCAGGUCUGAAACCUACUCCGCCGCCCGUGCCCUCGCCGCAAGGCGUCAUGGGUCCGCCGGGGAUCUCCGUGCAACAACAGUUGAUGCAGUCAGUCCGUUCGCCACCGCCCAUCCGAUCUCCGCAGCCCAACCCCUCGCCGCGACCUGUCCCUUCCCCUCGUAAUCAACCGGUACCGUCGCCGCGAUCGGGUCCGGUACCAUCGCCGCAUCAUCAUCCGCCUCACGGCACGCCGACACAUUCGCCGGCUCACGAGCUCGGCGGCGGUCCUAGCGAGAUGAUGCUUUCGCAGCUGGGUGGCGGUCCAGGUGCGCCCACCGGCCAUCCCGCCACUAUGCCUCAUCAUCCCUCGCCGGCGCCGGCGCCCACGAAUAGCGGCGCAGACGCCAACGAGGUAACGUCGAUGACGCCGCAGGACCAACUCUCCAAGUUCGUCGAGGGGUUGUAGUGACUGUUACGGACGAUCACAUCGGUCGAUGGUUAUGUAAGUGUUUCCCUUAACGGAGACGACAACGGCGGCGCUCGGAUGGCUGCGACCGUCCGCGUCGCGUGAAUUUAUAAAUAAUACGAAACGUUCAACGGAAUUAUAAAAGCAUUAGAUAAUUAAUCUUGAAACUCGCGCGCGCGCCGAUAGAGACUGAAAGAGAAAGCCUGACGCGCGUACCAUCAAAUUUUGUCGAGCGAUUGAGCCUGACACGCCUGGGGGUUUGGAACUCCCCUAGGACCGCAGGAUAGUUUCCGAUUUCGCGAUCCUCAAUGUUGCGAACAAACGUUUCGGUUCGCGCGCGCGUGUAUAUAUCUUCUCUUUCAAUUUUCUACAUUAUGCGAUGCGUCGAAAGACAAGAAGGAAAGAUAACGCGAUGUUGGUGCUUUUUAAUUCUUCUCGGCCUGGCUCAAAUAGACUCAAAAUUGUUUUCGUCCUUGGUCGAGAAAGAAAGAGAUAUAAAAAUCAGUAGAAUGAGGAGGAACGAAAGACUAAAGGAAAACUGUCGAAAGAUCAUUAUUUACGUAUCCUCCAGAGC